AUGCCUCCCAUCAGUGGCACCAUUCCUCUGUUAUCGUCCAUUCUUAAGCCAGCUCUCGGCAAGACCUUGGCACCGGUUGCGGCUGCCAUCUCACAGCAACCGACGUUUCCUGCCCAUCAGCCCUACCACACGCAUCGGUCCCAGCCCACUGUGAAAACCAACGAUGAAGUGAUCACCGAAAAUGUUAUCCUCAAUUCCUUUCCUCGACCGAACCUGAAGCCUACCUUGGACUUUGCCAAGCUUUCCUCCAACAGCUUUGGCAACGUUACCUGUGGCAACUGUUGUGGACCGCAUUCCACCCAGUUUUGUCCCUGUUAG